CCACUUGGCCUCUUACUUGCCCUUCAUCUUUCCCUCCUCUCCCCUCCCCGACUUCUCUUUAAUCGUACCUUACAUGCUUAAAUAUUUCUGCCUUGAACCUGACCAAAGCAGCUAUUAAACGACUCCUAGCUUCAUUUUUUAAAUCUUUUCUCUGAUUUAGUGACAGAAUUUAUCUUCAACCUUUAAAAGAUAUCUGUAAAAUCUUUUUAGCACCAUAAAUUUGGACAAUAAAAAUUUAAACGAGGGAUUUUUGAAGCAGGAUUGGUAUGGAAGUUGCUUGUUUUGAUGCAUCUUUCAUUUCUAGGUCCCAAAAUUGAGGUUGCUUAAGUCAGAUUACAACAUUUUCAACACUUUUGGAUACUUUGUCAUACUUAUAGCUGUCCUAACUGUGAAAAGUCCAGAACAUAGUGCAAAUUACGGCUCUGUAUCAACAAAAUAAAAUUAGAUUCAUUUGUAGGAUGCAGGUUUGAAGCCUUGGUCUAGAUUUUUGGAGAAAUGCAGGACACUGAAACUGGUGCAAAACUUAGCCAACACUAAGUCAUCAAAGUUGAAAUCAUCAUGCCCAAGAUAACUUUAUUCGCUGGUCCAAAGUUGGUAAAGGAGCCAAGUUUACAGACCAGAAAUAAGGAAGUACGUAUACUGACAGAUGCUAAUAUGUAUUAGCAUAAAACUAAAUUUUGCGAGAGUUUCACUGACUUUAAAACAAACUUAAGCGCAGACCAUCUGGAUGGUCUAUUAGCACAAAAAUCUUUAAAAAAUCAUUAUUUGUGUCCAGUAUCUGCAUGAAAAAUUCACCACCAAUAACACAAACUCUACACAGACAUUCAGUUUACUGACUGAAUCAGCCAAAGUGACGACUACGCAGCACUUAAAAGGUUGAAAUAUUCUAAGUUGUUUUUUUCUUUGGCUUAGUUAAAAUCAGCCUCAUUUUAUCAGGGACAUGUGGCGCAGACUUGCUGAUAAGACUUUGAAUUGGAAUAAAAAUGAGGGUUCAGGUACAUGAAUUAAACACAGAGCGGAGCCACCAGCAGCUCUCUGUUAAUGAAAUGAAGUAACCUCCCUGAUGUGUAUCAGGCUGACGUCCCCCUGUUCGUUUAUCUCCACAUCAGCUGAGCAGCAGGUGAACCGGUCGACAGCUUUGUCCCGGGAAGCGAGGGAUUCAAACGCUCCGGGUCAAGGUGCUCCGGUAAUCCAGGCAGCUGUGUUACCAGGAUUAAGACGAGGCCAAGGCCAUCGGUCUGGUCACCUUAAACAGGUGUUACCAUGACAACAACCUGAGAGAGAGAGAAAAACUUUGAACACAGCUGCAGCACCUGCUAGGGUGAAAGACAUCUGAGAAUGAUGAUCACACUUUUAUCACUCUUUCAGGCACACGCACAGAAACACACAAAAACUCGUGACCGUGAUGAAGCUCAUGAUCAGACAGUCGUCUUCUAUUACUGAAAAGGACUUACAGCUAACUACCUGUUACAGCUAACAGGCUCUCUUUAAAGCUCUUGUGAGGAAUUUUCUGUUUGUGUCAGUUUUGGCGCCCCCUGUGGACAAAACAGUCUUUGCCCAAUUUCUACAUUACAUACAUUAUUUCUACACUUUUAAAAAAAUUAACCCGCUGACUCUGGACAGUCAAAUCUAUCAUUUAUGGGGAUUUUUUUAAAGUAUGUAAAAACAGAGCUGUUAUUUCAGCUGCUACGUAUACCCACACAUUGGUAUUAGGUAUGAAAAAUGACGGUAUAGCGAAUUUAAUUCAUGUUUUUGCUUUUAUAUAUCUUAAAAGGGAUCAAUAUGAAUUUCAGCUUGUUAAAAAAAGGUUAAAAAGUUUCUCACAGUAGCUUUAAAGUUACACUAAUGCUGCACUGUCAUUGUCAUUUCAUUUUGAGCAUUUUGUUUUUAUGAUUUUUAGUUACAUUUUAUGUCUUAUAGAUUUUAAAUUGUUUUGUCUUUUUGAUUUCAAAUCAUUUUAUGUCUUUUUGAUUUUAAAUUGUUUUAAUCUCUCCUUCUAUAAAUUUUUUAUGUAUUUCCUCCCAUCUGUAAAGCACUUUGAAUUGCCUUGUGUAUGAAUGGUGCGGUACAAAUAACCUUGCCUUGCCUUGAGCUAUUUCUCUACUUUUGUCUGUUAAAAUGUUUGCAUUGAAAACAAGAUUUAAAAAAAACAAUGUGUUUAAAAAAAACAUUAGAAAUUUUUAGAGGAACAACACCAACUUCUUGUACCUCUUUCUAUUCUUUUAAUUGAUUUAAAUGUGAACAGUUUAUCUUAAUUUAGUCAAGCUUUGGUCUCUGACACUGAAAAAAAGUAGUUGAUGCAAAAAUGGGACGUGUUUUGGCAUAAAAGUACACCUUUAAAUUUAUGAAUGAUGUUAAAGAUGUUUGUGUUACUUUGCACAUGGAAGAGCUCUUUUUUUGUUGGUUUUUGUCAGUGUGACAUUAACAGUUUCUAGUUUUGCGUCUGUUGUUUAAACUUUUCUUAGUGUCUCUGUAAAAAAUAUUGCAAAAUCACCAACUUUCAAAGCAAGAAACCAGGAAAUUUGAGUCUAUGUUUACUUGAAAAUUUAAGAUUUUUGGAUGAAAUAGUGUCUUGAAUUUUGGAAACAAUGUAAAAAAUAAGUUCAACUGUGAUUUUAGAUAAAAACAACAUUAGACUUUGCUGUUUAUUUGUUUUUAUUUAUAUUUUUAAGCAGAAUUAACAUUUUAAAUUCAAAAUUUAAUCCUGACUCAGUCUCAUGGAGAGGUCUUAACAGACAAGACACACAUUCACACACACUUGUCCUGGUGUGACAGCCGCUCUCUCCUGUGACCCGCUGAUGUGGUGUUGUGGCCCCGGGGCCCCUGGAGAGCGCUAAUUGAAUCAGUUUCCAGAGAAAACUAAUGGGCCUUAAUGCUGAGAUAACUGAUACUCAAACAAUGAGUGAUCAUUGGCAGCAUGUGUUUCUGCUGCCUGAUAAACAUGUCACUGCUGCACAGGGAGCCAUUCAGCCUGUAAAUUAAUUCCUCCCCCACUGUGAGGUCCCAACGCCUGCUGCAUCACACACUCACCCACCCACUGACACACACACACACUGACACUCAUGAAGACACACACGUGCAAUUAGACAUCAUUUCUACAGGCCAGGCCUUCGCAGCACCAUUUCUGUGAAUGCAACAUUAUCUAAAACUAGACACACUCAAUUUUAAUUAAUAAAUUUCUAUGUGAUUAAAAAAUUGCUGCAUUAAGCAUUUUGGAAAGGGUGUCGGCCCAGAAACCUCUGACCUGAGCGGAGUCCCUGUUCUGUCAACUUCUCAUCCUCAGUUAUUGUGUUUCAAACUGGAACAUCCAGCCGCGAAUACGCUGGAAGUUUGAGGAAAUACCGCCAUGAGAGUGAGGAGGAAUGGGGUUGGAAAUAUGGGGUUGAUGGUGAGAGAUGUGGCAUGCAGGAAAGGCUUUUUAAUCUCACAUGAUGUCCACAUGUGCUGCUGGCUUUUCGGGGUUUGGACAGACAAACCGAGGAGGGCGUGAGGUCAAAGUGCUGCAACAUCAGCUGUAGUAGGAUGGUGUUACAAUAAGCAUCCUGUCAGAUGUGCAUGAGCAGUGACGGAGAGUAAUAAUUCUUUAAUGUUUUCUAAAACAAUGUCCCAUGUUUCUAUAUGUUGUGAGUUUUAAAUUGUGCUCUCCCACCACUACAUUUAAAAUUUCACAUUGAGGGACAACUGGAGUCUUUCUCGCUCCAACUCCACAUUCAUCUGCCAUCUGCUCUCUUGUCCGUGGUUCUCACAGAUUCUCACAUUGGCUCACAGUAUGGAGCUGGAUAAGAAAACAAACACACAGCGUCCCAAAACCUCCCAUUUUUCCUGCUUUUCUCACCCACACACCUCCCGAAUCCAAAACCAUCCACCAUCACAUCAGCAGGAAUCAGUGGGUAGAUUCCCCGGCCCGAGGGUUUGUUUGUGGAGGCUGAAGAAAGGCAGAUUUCAUUCCCUCUUUGUCCGUCUCCAAGCUAAAUAGAAGGUAUAAACUCAUUUUUAUUGUUUUUUUAUCCCUGCUGCAAGACUGUCUGCUCCAAACUCAGGCAAAAGCGUCGAAUGAAGAGUUUAAAUCUCCCUCUUUAAAAUCUGUUUUGGUCCAUAUAAUUUGUUUUGAAAACUUAAAAUAAAUACAAAGUAUACAAUGGGACGUGAAUUUACCUUAUAAAGUCAUUAAACUGCAAGUAUAAGUAUGGAUGAUGCAUCAUCUUUAAAAAAAAAAGCUAAUAUCCAUGGCUGUAAAACUACUAUUAAUCUUGUUACUGGCUGGGGUAAGGUGUUGUAAAGUAAAGCUUAAGUUUGUAUCAAGAUAAAUACUGAGCUGUUGUGAUGAAGUGGAACUUGAAUGAAAGUCUUCAGGGUGGGUUUAUUAUGGUUUCAUAGUGACAUCUACUGGUUUAAAUCUGCAGAUGCAGCUUCUGUUUGCCCUGCUGGAAGAAAUUUCCUUUUGUUUGCGGUCCAAUUUACAUGGGGGAGAGUGGGGUAAGAUGAGCCAGUUUUCAUAUUCCGGAUCACUACAUCAAGGCGGUCAUAGUUUUGUCUCUAACUAGUGUAUCUGCAUAUAUUUCAAGAUGUUGUUCAUCCCUGCAAACCAACAGCAUGAGAAUGUAAACAUAACUGUCUUGAUAAUAUAGCAUGGCAAAAAAAGUGGUCUCCUAUGGUCAACUUACCCCGUGUAUGGGAUAAGUUGACCAUAGGAGCGGGGUAAGUUGAGCCAUAUCCCUACUACCUACUCUUCACCCCAGCCCUUCCCUUACCUUCUCUCUCCCUAAAUAACAGCCAUUCUCCAUACAUCUCGCCAGUUCGGUGGUACUCUUAGCUCCUGCAUCCUUCUUGAGUAUGUCCACAUAUGAUAGUCUAGGACGUCCUUUUGACCGAUGCCCAUGUGUUGGUUCCAACAGCACCAAUUUGCUGGCUGGCAGUUCCCGAUGCCUUUGGCAGUGUCCUGCUAGUCUCAUUCUCCUUACAGCAAUCUUCUCGCUCACCCUUGGUAUUCCCCCUUACAGUGUUCUGUUGGUUACAUGUGCGUUCUUGCUGAUGUUAAGCACUGCACGCAACAUCCUGGUGUGGCACCCAUCUAGGGAUUUCUCCAGGGUUGGCUUCAGGGUCCAGCAUUCACUGCCAUAAAUGUCUAACCCCUUCACCCAUGUGCUUCUAACCUUCACAGACUCCAUGAAUUGAUGACCAUCUCCUAAAUGUUUGGUCACAUGAUCAAUUUCUUUUACCGUGUCCAAGCAACAGGGGGUGGCUCAACUUACCCUUUGGCUCAACUUACCCCACUCUCCCCUACAUGGUAUUUUUUAAGGAAAUUUUAACACUGAAUUUCCCCCCUUUACGCUGGAUUAUGAAAGAUAUUUUGUAAAUCAUGCAUGAUUCAUCAUGAAAAGCCUUGAUAAAUCAUGCAUGAGAAGUGAAAUAUGAAAUCUCUAAAGCUUUGUAGAUGCCAGGUGAAAUGUAAAGAUCAUAUUUGAUGGGUGUGGGGUGGCACAUAGGGGACCCUGCCAUCCCUUUUGAACACGCCCCCCGUCAUUCUGCAUUAAGUGAUCCAGUUUGGUACCCAACGAAUCGCGUUGCUAUGGUGACCAUUCGAAGCUCCCUGUAGUAGCGCUGAUUCUCCAGAUGGGGGCGCAGCUUCAUAAGGUUUCUGCGAGCGUCUGAAGCGAGGCACCAGUCAAAGCAUCACUCAGGUAGUAAAAGGGGCAGAUCCGAGGACCAGAUACGAGCAGCAGUGUGUGUCUGCCUCUGCUUACACUCACACACACAGACUCGGGUGUUUUCUCAACGGUGCCGAACCGCGCGGCUCUUCCCCCCGGGACACCAUGGUGGCUAAAAACAGAAAACAGCCCGGGAAGAGUCCAGCGACCCAGGCUGACCGCGACAGGAGCCCGCUCGUUUCUCCUCCCGGUAAAAGUACCGUGAGGCGGGCUGGCAGGGAGGGCAAAGCCUUCAACAGCUCCCAUUCAAACGGGCUCUCCGGAUUCAGACACAGGCUCGGGCUAACAACUCCCUCCGCGCUCGUGUGGCUGGGAUUCACGCUCGUGCUCGGUAAGUUGGGAGACGUUAGCCUGCUAGCUGCGAGCUAACGGCUGCUAACGCCGUGGGUUUUAAAGGGGGGAAGCUUUUGACGGAUCCACUCAAAUCAAGUUAUCUCCACACCGAUCAGCUGGCUAACGUUAGCCCGCCUCAGAGCUAGCUCAACAGUGUUAGCCACCUGAUGUUACCGCUUUUACUUCAUGUUUCUUAUUUAAUGACAUGUCAGCUGUGCGCGUGUUAACAGGUUUUCUGGUAAAGUUAAAGUCUGUGAUUUUGCUCCUCCUCUCUUCAAGCCUGUUAUUAGUUUGUGAAGUGGACUAGCAUGAUGUUUUGAUCAGAUUUUUCUCUCUCUUUCUCGUCCACAGCUGGUCUCGCAGGAUAUUUCCACUGGUAGGUAGUUGUUGCUCAUUCAUUCCCACCGUGUUUACAAAUGUCUGCAGCUCCUUUCUCAUGUAUUUUACCCUCUUGUUAUUAUCAGGCAACAUCUCUCUCAGCUGUUUGAGAAUGACAGACACUUUUCACACCUGUCCAACCUGGAGAAGGAAAUGGCUUUUCGCACAGAAAUGGUAAACGGCUCUUCUGUUUGCUUCUUAUGGCAUUGUUAUUGAACGAUAGAUUAUCAUAAUUUUUCUGUAACAUGUCAAAAGAAGAUUUCUACUGGAUAUGGACACACUACUACUUCAUAUGUUUGCUGAAAUUUGCUGAUUUUAUUAGCUCAAAAAAGAAAACUAGUCAUUAAAAGCAUGCAAUGAAACAUUAAUUUGAUGAUUUAAAAGAGUUGAGAGAGGGACAACAGAAAGUUGAACAGUUUGUAGUGCUAAAAAACACACCCAGAGGAACCUCUUCCAGCUAAGAUUAUUAACAGGACUGGGUAUGAAAUGAGCAGAGAGGCUGAAUCUCUCAUAUGGAAAGAUGAGAAAAGGUUUGUGGUCAAGGUGGUGAUUUUGAGGUGUGGAGGAGUUAGACCUGUUAAAAACAGACAUGACUCUGAAGUGGGAAUCACUGCAUGGGCACAGAAUCAUUUCCACUGAGGUGGGUGAGGGAACCAUGCACUUAAUUCAGAAACACAGGGGGCAUAGAGAUGUCUUAAGUGCCCAUGAUGUGAUUCGGAAGGUACCAUGAAAGGGAUAUUCCGGCGUAAAAUUAAUUCAGGGUCAAACACACCUGAUAUGGAGUUAGACACCCCGUCGAGAGAUGAAUGUUGCCAACUACUGGUUUCUCUAGUUAUACCAACUUUAGUAAUGACUGCAGGAUAGCAAUACACAUCGGUCUGAAGGGCCAUAAACAAACCUCAACAAAAAAGCCACUCUAUAGCCACAAAUAAUGCUCAGAACAGCACCUAACUUCAUCAACAGCACAUAUAGGAUCCCUGCCAUAGUACUAGACACCAAACAUCUUUUUAACUUUGCCUAAUAUCUUUAGCAAAGAGACUAAACACAACUCACCUACUCUCUUCCAGCAGCCGCUUGUUUGUAGCGAGGCCUCAGGCCAGUCCUUCAUGGACUACAGCGGGGUGACGCAGCUCAAAGAAGAACAUUUAUGAUAAUUUCUUUAUCAUUUCCUUGAAGUUAUAAGCACCAUAUUAAUCAUUUAGCAUUGCAGAUGUGGUAGUUCUCUGAUUGCAUUUCCAUGAGGAAAUGAUAAUAAAUGUUCUUCCUUGAGCUGCGAAACUCCGCUAUAGAGUGUAGUGGUGCAACUCAGUGUUACGGUGUGUUUGUCCCUAAAUUAAUUUUACGCCGGAAUAUCCCUUUAACUCAGAAACACAGGGGGCAUAGGGAUGGUAUAGUGAUGUCUAAAUUCCCAUGGCAUGACUUGGAAGGUGCCAGUAAUGCUCAGCAGCACAGUGUUUGACAUUCAGGCUAUACCAUUUUCAAGAGAAUCCCUCUAUAUUAAAACAAAAUAAUUCCAAACAACAUUUGGCUCUUUAGUGGAAGAGUCCUUGUCCCUGUGGUCCUAAAGAUGCUCAUUUAGACUAACAUGUUUGCCACACUGUCAACAGGUAGAAGUGAAAUCAUGAACUCUUUUGUGAAGAUUAUUUGAUGUGACAAAUGUGAUCUGAUUGUCCCUGGUGAUGCUGUUACAUGGUGUUGGCCAAUCAGAAGCCAGUAUUUAACACAGCCAGGUGAUUAAUAAGAAAGCCAGGUAGAAUAAUAACUGUGACAUUUCCAAACACAGCGCCUCAUUAAAGGUGGAAACAUGUUUAACACUUCUGCCUGAGUUUGUCAGGUCACAGACUCGCUCUUCUACAUCACUCAAAUGAAAAAAAAAGUUGACUGUUUUGUGUCGGCUCACUUUAGAGGACACUUAAAAUCCUGCAAAUGUGUGUAACUUAAUGCGACAUCUGUUUGUGUGUCUCUGUCGCGGUAACUGUUGUAGAAGUUGUUGCUAUUCAACAUGCAGCACAGCCUCCGUGCCCUUUUCAGAGCCGACACUGAAGGUGAUGACUUAAUCAUAUGCAAACAGAACAUUUUUCCUCUCUCACCCCAGCUGAGUGCUGCAGAGUGGGCUGUGAGCUGUUGCCAUCUGCUGAGCCUGUUUGUGUUUCUUCUAUCUGAGAUGUGUGCUGUGGUGGAGUUAUAUUUAGUUAGAUCCCCCUGCUGUCUUUCUGUCUUAUAGAGCCUCUUGUUUCUCCCAGUCUUCCUCCGUCUUUAGUUCUCCCUCUAACAUCUUUCUCAGUCUGAGUUUGACUCAUCAACAACUAUUCGUGUCUUUUUGGUCCAGGGUUUGUACUACUCCUACUAUAAGAUCAUUAUUGAGGCUCCCUCCUUUCUUGACGGCCUCCACAUGAUCAUGAAUGACCGGCUGACAGAGUACCCGCUGGUUAUCAACACACUGAAGAGGUUCAAUCUCUAUCCAGAGGUAAAGUUCAUUUUAAAACUUCUAUUCUUAUGAAUUAUGUAUGCUUGCUUAUCCAUCCCAGAGUGCACACAUUCAGUUUGCUGUUUGUGAGUCCGGCUGAAGUGACAUUCAAGUUUUGAUGUCUUAAUGACAGAUUUUGUAAUAGAGUGUCAAAACAAAUUCUGUACAUCUCUGGCAAUGCAAAUAGAGAGAUUAGUGGUGAGGUUUAAAGUGGUUCUGCACUGGCUGCAUUAUUUGAUAAGGGAUAUUAGUGCACUGAAAUACACCUCUCCUAAAACCUGAAGUAAAAGUUUCAUAUUAGUAUAAAAAAAAAGAAAAGCAUGCUGUCUUAUUCUAACAGUAAACCUAUCCAUGUUUAUGACCCGAAAACUUCAGUAACUGGUGCAAACCAGGCGCCUCUAUUAUUGAUGAGCUCCACAGCAGCAUUUUUUAACCAUGGAGCAAAACUAGACAGAACACCGGCUGCAUGAUGAACAUCAGCGCCCCAUGAGCAACAUGAACUCACCUGGACUUUGCCCCAGAAUGAUACUAAAUAUUCAGGGUGAAGCUCACAAGGGUAAUUUCAGGAUGUUUUCAGGAACUUUGUGCAUGUAUAAGAGGGGACUGUGAGUUGAGGACUGAUUGAUAAAUGGUAGGGAUGUCUCAAUACAACAUUUUUGCUUCCGAUACGAUACCGAAAAUGAUCCAAUAUUGGCACAAACAAGUUUUGCAUUCAGCUGCAACGUCUUUUUGGGAAUUGGACGAAAAGUACUGCCACACAGCCGACAUCACUUCUACUCCUUGCAACUUUAUUAGUACCUCAGUACACACCCUUGUUGUGAUCACAUGGGCUCUGCAUGCUGGAUCUAGGCGCUGCUAAAUGGAGUUGCUGGAGCGGAGUCUGGAAUGGACUGCUUGUAUUGGAGUGCUGAUAUCAGAGAUUUUAGAUGCAGGUCGAUAUAAUCAGAUAUUUGUUUUUUUGAUGAUAUCGGACCGAUAUCUGAUAUCAGUAUCGUAUCGGAACAUCCCUAAUAAAUGGCAAUGGGUUUACUGGUUGAUUUUACAGAUACAGAGUAAUAUCAAUAAAAUCAAUCAAUCAAAUUUUAUUUAUAUAGCGCCAAUUCACAACAGUUGUCAUCCCAAGACGCUUUCCAAAGAAAAAGAGUAGGUCUAGACCACGCUCAUUGUUUGAUGAAUUAUCAAGACCCCACCAAAGAUGGGAUUUAAUAGAUUUUUGAUACUUUUUAAAAACAAAUUCACAACAUGACUGAAGAAAGUUUGAGUUUCGUUAGCAUUUCAUUUCACAAGUACAGUAUCCCAGCAAAAAAAAGGUCCAAAAGCUCAAAAUUAUUCUUCAUUCCUGAUUUGUAUACGUGCAUGUUUAGAGAAAAGUGGACCGUAAAGAGCAUCCUUGUUUUUGUCUACUGAAAGUAUAUAUCUGCACAGGAAUAAACAAAACCCUUUACAAAAUCAAAAAAGACUGAUUGUUUUUGCCACUGCUGUGAAUUUGUAUUUGUUGUAUAUUUGUCAGACCAUUUUCUAACUUUGAACUGAUUUCACACCUACUGUUUUUAUUUCUUGUGUUUCCUUUAGAUACAUUAGGCGUAAAAUGAAAGACACAGUUUACUCGUUUAAAAUUUUCUCCUCAGAAAAGCAAUCUACAGCCAGUUGGAGAAACAAAGUGGGUUUCUCUUGGUUUCCACAGAAACAACAGGACAGAAAAGACUUUCAAACAUGUUGUUUAAAGAGGAUUCUCACUGAUUGGCUCCCGUCUCUGCUCCACAGGUGGUCCUGGCCAGCUGGUACCGCAUGUACACGGGCGUGAUGGGACACUUUGGGGUUCCUACGAAGAUGUGUUGGUCCAUUAACAGAGGAGAGGGACUCACUCCUGUGGACAGCUGUGAAGGUACAGAGUGGAGCUCCAGUCUGAUCAGCAAACACACACAAACAAACACACACACACACUCACAGAGCAAGCGGGUUGAAUGUUGACUACGUCGCACAGGGGGAUAGAUUUGUAGUGUGCAACUGUUACAACACAACAUGUUCUCACGUUGAAUUUAACGGAUGACUUUUUUUUACAGCGUCUUUUUCGUCUGAGAAAGAUGAAGUUAAAACAACCAAGAGAACUUUCCUGAAAUUUAAUGUUGAAAUCAAGAAAAGAAAACGUGAUUCAGAUCAUCUUACAUUCAGAUAAAACUCUACUAAAAUAAUGUUUCUACUUCCAAGUACUCAAAAGAAAAUAUCCAGUCAAAAGUGACUCAAACCAAAUUUUUAUUGAGUGUUUUCUUGGCCCACAUCACUCCAGACUUUUUUGUGACCUCUGCAAAUCUUCACUCAGCCAACAUUUUAAAAGCCAGACUGAGAUGAGCUCUUUUACGGCCCCAUUAUCUCUUUUUUUUUUGUCAAACAGAGUCCUCUUUGGUCUCCUUGCCUCUGGCACGGUGUCUGUACUGAGAACACAAAGCUUUAGUGAGCACCGGGGGGUGUUUGCCUUCAGGGGUUUGAGCCUGAAAGCUGUGCUGUAACUUCUUCCCAGUAAGUUAUACCCACUCUCUGUCCAGAAUCAUUGUACUAUAACAGGUGUUCAAGGUGCAGAGUGGAGAUUAGGAGUUUUACGUUUAUUUGGAGAGUUAAAUUAAAUGAUGUUCCCUUUCAGUCCUGAACAGUAGUAAAAAAAAUCACAAAUAACUUAUUCAGAAGCAGCUAAAACAGCCAGGCACGUCUCAGGGAGCUGCUUGCGAGCUGCAACUCACAGCUAUCAGUCAGUACGUUUACAUGACAGUUGAGAAAACCGAAUUAUUGCCUUACUUCGAUUAAGACCGGACCACUGAAGUGCAUGUAAACACCUUAGUCCGACUAUAAUCGGAGUUUGAGAACUCCAAUUGGAGUCAGAGAACUAGGAUUAAGACUCCCAGAUAAUGCGAUUGGGAUUCGAUUUUCUCUACCAUGUAACCAGCGUUGUCUGGGGUAUGAUUGGACAAUGCAUUUGUGCGUGCGCCACGCCCCCAUAACCCCGUAACAAAAAUACAGGAGAAGAGGAGUAGCGUGAGUCUCAUCUGCAGAAAAAGUAGUGCGUACAUCAUGUACGACAAAAACAACGCUGUACUUGAUGCUCCAUCGUCGUGCUGGAAAACACCCAGCAGCAGUUGUAGACACUUCUGAUGUCUUGCACGGACCUGCUGUUGUUGUUGUUGACAGUUGUUUGGGGUCGGAAACAGCGCAGCUGAAAAGACCCACAUCGCCCCCUAGUUUUGGGAAAGAGGACACGUUCACAUCAAUAAUUAAAUUUUCUCAACUGCAUAUAAACCCCGACAAGGAGAGAAGUCCGAUUCAGGGGAAAAGAAACGAAAUAUGAGCUUAGUCCAAUUAAGAUGUGCAUGUAAACGCACUGAAUGUUUCCAUAUGCUGAGCCAGACUACUGUACAGAGAGCUGGGUCAGUAUUAGAAAGAGCUACACAUCGACAGAGAAGCUGCUCAUUGCUGAACACAGUGGAAGUCUUCAUACAGGAAUACAGCUAAAACUUUCUUCUCCUCUGGCAGCCCUCACAAGCAGACUGCAUCUUUCAUAUAGAGGUAUAUAAACUCUGGAUUUAACUGCACUUAUCUGCUGUCAAACUCAACCUGGAAUCCAUUUAUCUACUUCUUGUUUUGGCACGGUUUUCACAUUAAAAGAAAAAAAAAGUACCUGGGUAAAUAUUUAGAUUAACAACAUCAAAUCUUGUCAAGCGUUGGGCAAUAAUCUCAUGGCAGAAAAACAAAUCUGUCAAGGAAACAUGAUUAACAUCGCAUCCACCUGUGGGGGGAAAGAAAAAUCCUCUCAGUGAAAUUAAACAAACGCUCUUCUUCUUCUUCUGUGUGUUUGUGGGAGCGUUUCCUCAAAGGGUAAAUCCGCUGACAGUAAACAAGUGAAAUCUGUUGUCAGCUUGCCUUAGUGGAGCUGCAGCCUCUGUGUUCCUGUCAGUCUCAUUAGUCAAACGAGGAACCCCGGGGUCGAUGAACACUGUCUGUUUUCUCUGUUUACAUAAACCUGAUGCAAGCUACCUUGCGUAAGAGCUUACAGAAAAUGGGAACGUUUCCUGUAGCUGCCAGCCGCUGCAUUAUUUCUGUGAGACGCUGAAUUAGAGAGCGAGGAGUCUAUAUUGAAGGUUUAUUUUUUUCACACUGAGCUGCUGUUGGAACAAGCUGUUUCUCUGUUUGUCUUGUGAUUUACUGUCAUAACACUGUGAUGAAACAGCUCUCAGUUAUAGCAACACUCACAACAGCCAGCUAUUUUAGAACUGUGAAAUGAGGUGUGUUCACAACAAACCUCUUUGUAUGCACAAGGGAACAAAUUACAAAAAACAAAAGAAAUUAUGAGCUGUGUCGAGCAGGUUCAUAUGUGCUUGUUCCUGUUUUUCUGGGAGUUUCUUGUCGGCAACAACCUGCAGCUCAAUCUUGCACUAAACCAGAACAAAAAGCAGAAAGAGUUGAUUUGUUCUGUUACGAUAUUUCACCCCGAAUAUGGAGCUUGAAGCAGAAAGCAGUAUCUGUGGUGUGCAAACCCUGCAUUCAUGUGGUUUCUGACAUGUCCUAGUUAGAAAAUGCACAUGAACCUCUGCUUGAGCCACAACAACAACCUUGAGACAAGUCAGUUCACAAGCUAAAGCAAUGUUGAAGUGUUUAUUAGCAUCAAGCCCUGAUUAAACAGCCAGAUAAGAUUAAACCUAACUUGACAAACUGCAAGUAAGUGAACACACCAAAGUUAGAGGAAAGACUUUUCAACUAAGAAACUGUGACUGUUAUUAAGAACAUGCAUGACACAUAAUGUGAUAUAAAAUAUUUGGGAGAAGUGGGACCAUCUAUACCUCACAACUAUCAAGGCCAGUUUAGAUUGGGCUCAUUUACCUCACAUAUACCUGUUGGUAGUAGCAGAUAGCACUGGCAAGAGCUGUAUGUCUGCAAAGAAACUGCAUGCUGCUAAAUGUAAAGAAAGUCUAAAUGCAGAUACACAGUUAGGACUAAUUUUGCCCACCAACAAACAAGUCUGUGUCUUAUAUACAGUUGCAACUAAGACCGUGUAUUUAAAAGGUGGAAGUGAGUUUUGAGGUGAGAUUAAAAAGAGCAUACUUAGUCUGCCUGACAUUGUACUGCAUCGUAUUGUAUUGUCUGGUGUUAUAGCCUAUCAUAUGGAAUCGUAACGUAUUGUUUCGUAUUGUAUUGUAUCGUAUCCUUUCGUAUCGUAUUAUACCGCAUCGUAUUGCAUUGUAUUGUGUCGUAUCGUAUUAUAUUAUAUUGUAUCCUAUUAUAUCGUAUCCUAUCAUAUUGUAUUGUAUUGUAUUAUCAUAUCGUGUUGUACUGUAUCGUAUCUUAUUGUAUCGUAUCGUUUUACAUCGUAUUAUAUCGUAUCAUAUUAUAUCAUGUUGUAUUGUGUCGUAUUGUAUCAUAUUGUAUUAUAUCGUAACGUGUUGUAUUAUAUCGUAUCGUAUUGUAUUGUAUCGUAUUGUAUCGUAUCGUAUUAUAUCCCUUCAUAUCGUAUUGUUUCGUAUUUUAUUGUGUCGUAUUGAAUCGUAUCAUAUUAUAUUAUAUCGUAUCGUAUUAUAUCAUAUCUUAUUGUAUUGUAUUGUAUUGUAUGGUAUUGUAUCGUAUUAUAUAUGGUUGUAUCGUAUCUCAUUAUAUUGUAUUGUAUCGUAUUAUAUAUGGUCGUAUUGUAUCUUAUUAUAUGGUAUCGUAUUAUAUUGCAUGGUAUGGUAUCGUACCAUUUAUUAAAUCUUUUUGCACCAUAUCAGAUCACACUGUACUGGAUUGGAUCAGAUUGCACCAAUUUUCUCUUUGAAUUAUCAAGUACAAACUGUCCCAUUUUGCUCAGGCAAUCUGGCUUUUUUUUAGUUAAAAUAACAAUUUAUUCAUCCCCAUCUGGAUAUUUUUCAAAGGAUUCACUGCGAAGUCUUUGAACCACCUGAAAACUGUGGAGUCAUUUUUGACAAAGAAAGAUGAGCCAACUAAAUUGUGUUCAAAGUCGACCAGGCUGUGUGUUUUCUUCACUGUUACUGGAGACCAAACGUCUGAGGAAGGGUUAACUGAAUUGUACAAUUGUAAGAAACCUUUCAGUGUUUUCAUCACUUGUCCUCCCGAUUAACCCUUAGUGUCUCCUCUGUGUUUGUCUGUAUCUCUUCUUCUUUUUCCUUAGGAAUGGGUGACCCGGCUUAUUUCUACGUGACCUGUGUGUUCCUGCUGAACGGCGUGAUGAUGAGCCUGUUCUUCAUUUACGGCGCAUACCUCAGGUAUCUCUACACCUUCUCCUGUAUCUGUCCUGCACAAUGGAAUAUUUAUGCUCUUGUCAAGUCGAGGCAGAAAAACAUCUUUUCAGUUUCUCUCCUCUCAAAUAUGGAUUUAAAACAUCAGAUUGAGGGUGUUGUUGCUCAGUCCGUCUUCAGCUGUCUUAUCUCACGUGUCUGCUUCUCUUUAUUUUCCCCGUGCAGCGGCAGCGUGAUCGGCGGCAUUGUUACUUCAACAUGUUUCUUCUUCAAUCACGGCGAGGUGAGUGCUGCCUUCCCUGUCAGUGUCAGCGGGCGAGGAGAGUGUACGUUCUGUUGCUCAGCACUAUGAUCCCAUGUGAGUCUCUCUGGGUGUAAGCUUCUGAAAUGUGUAAAACUCCAAAUAGAAAAAAAGGCUCUCAGAAAAGCAGAGGGUGGUUAAUAGGGACUCAUUUCAGCCCCUCAAAGGAGCUUAGAGCUGGUUUUGGCUGGCUUUCAAAGCUUAGCCCCUCCACCCACCUUCUUCUCUCCAGUUUCAUUCAUAAUAUAAAGGAAGUCUCUAUUUUUGAGGAUCAAUAUGGCUACAUUUCAAUCACACACACUUUCUCACACACACACAAAUAAUUCUCAAUCCUUUCAACAUGAUUUCUUAUUUCUUGGUCGUUUUCUUUCCCUUGGCUGCAGCAGUCGAUUGUCUCAGCAGAAGCGUUGUUGUUUUUUGCCUCAUGGAGGGUGGGUGGAAAGAUUCAGUCUGAGUGAUGUGAGGCAGGAUAUUGAUUUGCUGUAGAGGUGGGUGAAAGCGAGGAAUGUCAACUGGCAAGUCUGAAAACCAAACGAUGAAUCUCGCUUAUGAAGUUCUUUCUUGUCUGAGGCGAAACAUGCAAACUCCAGUCUUAGAAAAAUCUAAUUGAGGUCAAGAAACUAAACAGCGCUCACUCAGAACUGGGCACGAGUCAAAACUAGAAUAGCUACGUAAGAUGGGAUGGCGUGUUCGAGGCGACAAACACAUGAGGUGUUUUUUUUUUUUUUCACUCAAUGUGGAAUACGUUUUGUAAGGUGCUAGAAUGAGGUUCCCUUUUUACAAGCUGUUGAAAAUGUGAUAAUGACAGGGAACCAAAAACCGGGGAGGGUCCUGAUAAAGUUCUCAACGCUUUCAGUCUUUUAUUCCAAGUUUCUGACACUGUGUGAAGUCUGAUGUUAUUUUUUACCUAAUCAACGCAAAUGGUGUGAACUCGCACAACUUCAGACGACUGGUUCUGAAACAGUUAGGCCCAAAAUGCUCACUAUUUUUCUCUAACUGCUUGUUUCAAAUAGUGGAGAAUAAUUGAUGUUAUGUAAAAGAAGUUAAAACUGGGAGGAGGUGACCUGGUCUGCUCGGAGGAGACUCCUCAGUCUGUUAGUGUAUGUAGGGUGGUCUAAAUAUUACUUCCUUACAUUAGAUGGUAUUGCUCAGUUCUGAGAGUGCCAAAGCCUGCAGCUGUCUGUUUCAAGGUUCAAGGUCACAUCAUUUGUACCUGUAGGUAGAUCAAGUUUACAGUGAGUGAGUCAGCUCUGUUUACACACCAACAAACACACAGUACAGGGCGAAAACAUGACAAACAAAAGUGUUAAAGGGUAACCCUCGGUAAAACAGCUCAAUGUCAGUCGAUAAAAAUGUUUUAGUGACAUUUCAGGAGGAGAGACUUAAAGCAACAGUUUCAAUACAUCAAAUUUCAGAGAAUACACAAAGAAAAGUAGCUCAGUGCUUGUAUUUUCCAUUCCCUGUGAAGCUUUCUGAUUUUCUGAAUGCUGAUGUUUGUUUUUGUGCUUUUCUCGGAUGUAAUCAGAGCACCAGGGUGAUGUGGACCCCACCCCUGAGAGAGAGCUUUGCCUACCCCUUCUUAGUCCUGCAGAUGCUCCUCCUCACCUACAUUCUGAGGUAAACCCUGGUCCCUCGAAGUCUUCAUUUACCUCUGUGAAAAAGUUUUCAGAUUACCUUAUAAAAUGUAAAAAAAAAAAAAAAAACUGUCUCACUGGACAAGAUGGUUCUUAAGAGUGUGGAAUCUAUUGGUUUCCAUGAGUACAUAAGGCACAAAAUGUCAUUUGUGUAAUCCAGAGAGGAUCUACAAACUUCAGUUGUGUCUCCAUUGUAUCACACAUAUAAUGAUUUUUAAGAGAAAACCCACCAAGAACACAAAGAUCUACAAAUAAAUGAGCAGAUCACUUAGGAGAGAAAAGACACGUACACAGUGAACCAGACCUGUAACACUGGUGAUGGUUAGGUGUGUUUAAAUACAACACAGCUCCUCCAUCUUUUGAAGUGUAGCUGUGAGCAACUUUAAUGGAGCAGCUUGAAAUCGGAGUUGGGCACAGAGUGAAUCCUGGCAGAGGAGCCUGAAGUUACUUUGAGUGGAGAAGCAGAGGUCACAGCAGCUCACUGAAAGACGAGCAGGAAAACUCUCUGCUCCACUCCAGCUGGAUCACUUUCUUAUUCAGCACAGUGCAGUAUUGUCAGCAUUGUAGCUGACAUUAUAAGGGAGCUUUCACCACUCAAAUGGAAUUAUUACAUACCUGAAGCAUCAGGACUUAGAUGUGCAGUAAAAAUGUUACUCAGGGUGCAGGAUUGUACCGAAUGUUGAGAUUAGUUUGUUUGAAGGAAAACAAUAAUUCAAAUCCCAAUACAUUUCUUUAGACUUUGCUGUUGAGUUGGUGUAUCACUACAGUGUUAUAUAAAAAAUUAAAUACAUGUUGGAUUAAAAAAAAAUAUGACAGGCCUCCUAGAUCCUUUUAAAGGUCUUUCAAACUUUGAUUUUGGGAGUUUAAGGUCAUAAAAAGUCAAAAUUUUCCUGAGAGAAAUUUUAAAUGAGGCAUUUCUAAUGACUUCAUCAAACCUUAAUUUUUCAGAUAAUGUAACAUGGAAGUCUAGUAUUCUGUGGAUUUGGUUGUUCCCAUGACAACUUCUGCUUUAUUAUGUGCACAUUUACUGAACACUAGCAUAAGAGAGGAGUAACAGAAAUUGAGGAAGUUUGCCUUCAAAAAUGCAGGAAAUGAGCAGUUGGCAUGGACAAACAUGAGAGGCAACCAGCAUAAUAUGUAGAUUAGUAUUUGAAGUUUGGAUAUUUAUGUAUAAAUGUAUAGUGUAUGUAUAUUUAUGUAUAAAUAUGCCAAAUCUGUGAUCCUGAGGUGCUAAAAUCAUGUAAAUUCUUCUUCAUCUGGGUCUUAAAACAGCCUUUAAAAGUCUCAAACUUGGUUUAAAAAGUUAAAAGAAACCCUUCAAAUGCAGAAUGACUUAUUAUUCACAGUCCCAUUAUUAUCAAAAAUGGAAAUGGCCGUGAGGUUUUUGGCGCCCCCUGUAGACAGUAUGGUAGAUGCACAGCUCUGCCAAUCUGAAAAUGUUGCCAUGAAAACUCUGGAUCCGAUCGUGAACAAACAGUCUCUGGCUUUCUGUAGACUCUUUCCUUUAUACUCUGUGGGGGGUUAUUUGUUCUGCACUUCAGUUAAAAAGCAAAGAAAAAGACGCACAAAUAUCUCAGUGAAAAGCUGCUGCCCAUCUGGAUUAUAAGAAUAUCAACCACACAAAGUUUACUCAGUUUACUUUCCACUCCAUUUAUAAAAAAUCGUCUUGCAUAUUAAAUUGGACUCAGCCUUGUGCUGCUAAAGAGGAACCACUAACCUGUGACUUCUUCAAACAUCAGCUUUAAAUGUCGAAUGAACUGCGUGUCGUGUUUUCUGAGGCGGGCGCACUAUAUAACCAGGUCUUUGUAGAACACACAGUGUGAAAUUGAAAGUUUGUGCUCGUGUUUGUGUGUGUGUGUUUUCUCAUCCAUCUUAAUGCGUCUUCUCUUAUCUCCAUGACACCCACACACUCUCAUCUCUCCAUUUCUUUUUCUUUUUCUUCUUCUCCUCUCUCCACAGGACACGGAAGCCGAGCAGGACAGCCAUGGUCGCCCUGGGCAUCUCCAAUUUGUGCUUUAUGCUGCCUUGGCAGUUUGCCCAGUUUGUGCUGCUCACUCAGGUAAACACAGAGCGAGAGAGGCUGAGGGGAGAGAGCACAGUGGGCUGAGAGAUUAGGGAGAAAAUAGAGACUUUACUCGAAGCUGAAGUUGUCUUGGUUUUCAAAGAAAUAGAGACCCGGGAGACUGAAAGGAAAGGAAUGGAGAUAGUGUACCUACAAGAAUUUACUUUUCACAUCCGUAUUUUUAAAUCUUCUUAGAACAUGGUGGAAGUAAAUAUGAGAUUCUCACAGAGGUGUAAACAACUUAACAUCCACAAAAGGGCUGUAACAGACUUCAGAGUGAAUUAUGUUGUUUUUAUAAGGAUGAAAAAAGGCUGAAACAUUCACACCGCCUGUCAUCAGAGAGCGAAUGGCGUCAUUCUCUUACAUCACUUGUUUUGUAAAACAUGGUGACAACAUUCAGCCUGCAGGGAGGACACAUGUAGGAGAUCCUCGGUUGUGUAAUCUUCUUUUGACUCGAUCGAGAAUAAAUUAACAUUUUAGUUGGAGUUGAAGUGACAAACAUCUUUAAGCCAGCCAGAUUUUACAGACGAAGCACCUUUUUUGUUCAUCGAAGUGAUCAAACUUAAAAAGUUUCAAACUGAACAAAGUUGGAGUGAAAAUUUUGUCCCUGAUUCACAAUCAAGAAUUGUUUUGUUUUGAUUUUCUUUGUUUUUCUAUUUAGUUAUUCGGCUAAAAAACAUGUCAAAAUCAUUUUUUUUCAAUUUGAGACUGAGGACUAAUAAUCAAAUCUCAUAUUUUGUCACUUCAAACUUAAUUUGAAUUGAUUUUCUUCUCUUCUCUCUCAAAAGAGAACGACUCAAAAACGUCUAAUCGUCAUCCAUAAAGCGCUCUAUCAAACUCAUGUAAGGCUGCAAGUCUGUUGAACUGGAAGAAAACAACAUCCCCUCAAGCUCUGCAGCAAUCUGUUCACAUGUACUGCAGUGAGGAUGAGGCAGAGAAGCAUCAGCAGACCACUUUCAUAAACCUGGGGUUCAUAGUUUUAAGCAUGAGGAUGAAUUCAGGCUUUUCCAGUGUGGAAAUGGUUCGCAUAUCUCUGGUGAUAAGUCGUUUUCCACAGCGUCCCUUUUUUUGUCACACUGGAUAAAAAGUGUAGGUGUAAAAAUGAUGCUGCUAAUGUUUUCUCUGUUUUUCAGCUAAUGUUUGAAGGCUGUAGUUUUAUUGUGAGGUGUAUUUUUUGGUUGAAAGCUUUUGAACAAACUUUUGCAGAGGACAGUGUUUUGUUUGAGCUCUGACGCCACAAAACCAAAACAGAUCACAAGACUGACGAGACUUUCAGGAACAAACCCUCAAUUCAUUUAUGAAUUAUUUGAUUACUUCUAGUGUGACUAUGUGUUUGCUGUAGAUCCAGAUUAACAAGAUAGUGUUCGAUUCUUCACAGCCAGAAUCAGAAUCGCCUUUAUUGUCAUUGUAAAAACAUCACAACGAGAUUUGGGUGCAUCUCCAAAUGGCUUUCAAGUUAGAUAAAAGCAAAAUAAAUAAUAAAUAAAUAUAUGUACAACUGAGUAAAAAGACCUGUGUAAAAUGUAGUAAAUAUAUAUAAAAAAAGAGGGUAGGAAUGUAAAACCAACACAUGCACUACAUGCACAUAAGGAAAUAUUCAGGUUGAAGGCUUUGACGAGAUGCUAAGAAAGAGGAAAAAGAUGGUAAAAGCAGGAAUCAGUUUGACGACAGAGCUGUGGUUUAAAUCACGACCUCAGAGCAAACACGUAGCCUCUGCCAGCAUCUGUAUUCAGCAACAGAUGAGCCCGCUCUGCUUCCAGCCCCCUCAGGGCACUGCAGCUUUCUGUGCACAAUUUGGUUUUAUUUAACAAGGAUUAUUUCUUUGUUGUAUGUUUUUUGGACCGAUAAUUGAACUGGUUCGUCUCAAUCAAUGUAGGCGUGACGCAUCCAGAGGCCAAAUACUGCAUGUCCACCCACACUGCUCACUCCUCACUCUGGACACACUUAGUGAAAGCACUAGAGCUUAAAAACAUUCUACAUUCACACAUUAUUUUAACGUCCUGUGUGCUCUUAUUAUAACAAACACAGAGAUCUGCUUUGUAAGGUUUUUGUUUAGUGUGGAUGUUGAAUCUGACAGCAGAUAUCGAAGCUUUACCAUCUUGUUUUUAUCUCCUCUUCUUUUCUAGGUGGCGUCUCUGUUUGCUUCUUACAUCCUGGGUUACCUCAACGCUGCUAAGAUGCAAUCCAUCCUGGUCACUCACAUGGUAAAUGACUUAUUCAAACCCCUCCAUCAUCAUCCACCACAGAGUUAUGUUUAAUUAUGAAGCUGGUUCAUAAUCAGCAGGAUAAAAUUUCACCACUGCAGCCGAGAUGUGAAACCUUACUGUGCGGGUGUGACCAAAAAGCUCAGAAUGAGGAGAGAAAAAUCACCUGAAAAGGAAGAGAAACCUGUGAACCUGAGCGGAGCGUAGAGGUUUAAGGUGUUGGCACAUUAGCUUUCAGCGUGUGUUAGUGUCUGCUCUUCCUCAGCAUAAGUGAAAGUGUUUCCUGCAGCUGUCCUCUGAGCUGUAAUGUGCUCCGCCUCGCUUCUCUUAUCUCGCCUCGCUCCUCGGCUGGAAGACUUUCCUGAGCCGGGCGAGGACAACACUAGCGGAGACUUUCAGGGGUGACUUUUAUUUCUUUAGCGUUAGCAUCUCUGCCGCCUGAGCGCAAGGACGAAGGAGGAGGAUAUAUGAGCAACUUGUCCUGUUCUGCCAAGAAAAAAAAACAUAUAUCAAAGUCCGUUUGAGUGUGUAUAAAGAUGUUAGUGUUUGGAUUUGUGUGAGUGUGUAUGUGUGUGUGUGUUACUGGCCAGUUAUCCCUCUGCUCCACAUUCUUUCUUUCCCAUAAUCCCCUCAGUAUGCUGGGCUGUUAACUUGGGACUGUGUGCUCUGUAGAUAAGCAGAAGACCCUUUGUGGUGAGAUGGUGGAGAUUUGUGUCAGCAGAAGGCAUAUAGCUCUGCAUAAUUUAAAGAGCCCUGCAACCAUGGCUUUAGCUUUUCUUUUCUGUGUAUGUCUGUUCAAGAAAAAAGCUCCAGACACAAAACUCUGCUUGUGUCCUCUCUGACCUACAGACUGCUUCAUGAGUCUUGGAUGGGUCACCUUUUAUCUGGCAUACAAAUGUAAAGGGUUUUAUCUCAGGAGGUUUUCAUGGACAGUUUAACUGCCAGGCGUUUAUUUAAGAUAAGGGCCUGUGUCCACUAUAGACUACUGCGUCUACUUCAAUGCAAAGUUAGCAAAGUUCAAUGUGUGUAGCGCUCAGCAUCUUGAUUUUGUCACAGCGUUCACAGGAGUCUUGGUUAAGAAUGGUUGUCACACUGUUCCUCUAGUCUGUGUUAUUCCUCCAUCAUUGACCAAUCAGAAGUGAAAAGGGGCGGGGUAUGAAAUCAAAAGGAAGCCAGAAGGCAUUGUAAACAUACGUGAAGUACUCAUCUAAUCACGCCCCAUUUACCUGCUAAUCAUCUAACCACGCCCCCAUAGACACACCAAUCAUCUAACCCUGCCCCAUAUAACUGCCAAUUAUCUAACCCCGCCUCCAUAUUCAUACCAAUCAUCGAACCCCGCCUACAAAGACAAGCCAAUCAUCUAACCCUUAACCAGUUACCUGCCAAUCAUCUAAUCCCGCCCCCAUAGGCAAACCACUCAUCUAACCCCGCCUCUAUAAUCAUACCAAUCAUCUAACCCCGCCUACAUAGAAAUGCCAUCAUCUAACCCUUAACCAAUUCCCUUCUAAUCAUGUAAUCAUCAUCAUCAUCAAUCAUCUCACUCUGACUCUUAUACCUGCCAAUCAUCUAACCCCACCCCCAUAACCAUACCUAUCAUCUUACCCCGCCUACAUAGGCAUGUCAGUCAUCUCAUCUGGCCCUAAUAGACACACAAAUCAUCUAACCCCGCCCCCAUGUCAAAGAGAAGCAUGUGAGUUUUGUAAAAGCAGAGAAAUAUUUUUAAGGCCAAAAAGUUGAAAAAAUACCAAAUAAUUUAAUAAUUGUGUGAUCAUUCAUGUAUUAUUACGUUUACAACUUUUUUUGCAGCUCUUGACUUGCUUUUGCAAUGCUCUCCGUCCUCUCUUUGACUCCAUAGGGUGGGAUUUUUGAUAUCAACUCUGUCAACAUCAGUAACAGGGACAAAAGUCUGUUUGUAAUCCAUAGUCUUGAUAUUAAGGGUGGUCUAUAUUAGAAUUAGGUUAACUUCAUAUCUAGAUCAAUACAGUAGUAGUUUGCUAAAGCUGCGUAUCUUAAUUGUUUGUUUUCUGUAAAUACAUUUUGUGGACUCUUAUUAGUUUUGAGGUUUUGUUGCUGUUCGAACACACCUCUGCCCUUUGCUCAUGAAUUUCAAAUGUGGAUAUUUUCUGUUUAAAGAGAAAAUUUCUAUUUUUACAAAUUAUUUUAAGCCACUCUUUUAUCUUUAAAAAGCAGAACUGGCAGCUGCUGAAAUACCUUAAAGGUUACAACGCCUCUGGUCGUGGAUCUCUGCCAUGCUGUCUACAUAAUGCAGAGUGGUGCAUUAUUUCACUCUUCACAGUGGGAUUAAGCAUCAGGAAUUCAUGAAUAGGAUUAUAUUUUGCUUGUGGCUGUGUAUUCAGAGUUUAUUGCAUUAGUUUAAAUCUCUGGAGUGUUUUCUGAAAGUCUUAUUACUGAAACUUAAUGCAGUCUAUUCAAGGCCUGGACCACCCUCCUGCUACAGAGACAGAGGUUUUUUUUUUUUUUUAAUUUUCAGGCGAGAGUGAAAAUUGAGAGUUUUUAUGAGAGCUACAGAAGCUGGCUGCGUCUCUGAUCGCUCUGCCAAGUUUGAGCCUUGGCAUCGUUUCUUAUUACACAACAGAUUUUAGCACAUCAAGCGGUCUGGAAACAGCAGCUUGGACCGUCCACACACAGCCAUGGCAACGCCACAAGACUGUGACAAACCAAAACUCCUCUCCAUGUUUGUGUCACCCCGCAGAUCACGCUCGGCGUCUGCUUUGUCCUGAUGUUUGGCAACUCCAUGCUGCUCACAUCAUUCUACGCCUCCUCGCUCGUCUCCAUUUGGGUGAGUCAGACCUCAGAGUCAUGUUUAUUGUGUUGCACAGAUGUGAAUAUGCUCAGAUUUAUUUUGACAGGCGUGAGAUUUAGAUUUUAUGAAUAUGUCCCAGAUAUAUAAAUAUAACAGAACGUAUAUUUUUGAAUUCCACGACUUCAGAAAAAUGUGGAUAAUCCAGUUAUUUAUUGGUGUUAAAUUCCUUUGUUAUGAUUUCUUCCAGGCUAUCAUCGCACUGAGGGAUCAGUUCUUACGAGUCUUCAAACCUGGCAUCAUUUUAUGGGUCUGUAUAACAUGUCUGUAUUUUGUAAUGUAAAUUAAAUUUUUUUAUAGAAAAAAAAGAGAAAUGUAUGCAUAUCUAAUAUUUACAAAAGAGGAUUGGGGCCACAAGAAGAGAAAAAAAUAAUUACAGCAGUGAGAUUAUUUACAUUUCAAUUUCGAGAUUAAAGUCGAAAUUCCGAGAUAAAAUUUUAAAAAGUCAAAAUUUCAACUAUUCAUGUCGACUUUAAUCUCAAAAUUAUUAUUUUUUUUAUAAUCGCAAAUUUUUAACAUUUUCUACAUUUUGUAAUCUCGACUUUAAUAUCGAAAUUUCAACUUUGAUCUCAAAAUUUUUUUUUUUUUAAUGUCGAAAUUAUUUUCAACGUUUUGUAAUCUUGAAAUUUCAAUUUUUAAACAAAAAUUUUGAUUUUAUUGACAUAUUUCGAUUGUUGUAAUCUCAAAAUUUUGAUAUUAAUCUCCUUCCUGUAACAACUUUUUUCUCUUCAUGUGGCCCUUAUCCUCUUUCGUAAAUCUUUGGUCUGUAAAAUAGUAGCAGGGUGUCAGUGAUGAGUCAGAACAAAGUGAUGGAGUGAACAGCUGCAGACAUUAAAAGUGGUAUAAAAAGUAUUUAAAUCCGUUAAGAGCUAAUUACUCACACGCAAAAUAUGAACAUCAUGUUUAUACAACCGACAAAACUCAAAAUGAAAGAGGUGAAGGAAAUGAACCCAGCCUGGAGUGUAACCUUACACUUCCUGUGUGUGUGUGUUUAUGUGAGUAUUUUCCAGCCUGUCAGUGUGUAUCUCUUCUCCUCCCUCAGGUCAUGCAGGGUUUGGCUUGGUUCGGCUCCACAGUUCUGCUCAAAUUCAUGCUGUCCACCGUCCUCCGAGCCUCAGAUGAUGUAAGCUCCUCUAACUGUCCUCUGUCUAAUCCACAUGUUUGAAAAAGCUGCUGAUAAUAAGUUUGAAGCAUUUUAACUUAACAUUAUAAUUCUUGGUGAGAUGCUUACUCUGUUUUUGUAAUCAAGGGAAAAAAAUCAAGAGUCCACACUUUGAAAACUGGAGUUUUCCUCUGCCAUUUUCAAACACAGAAACAGUUAAAAAAUACUCAUGUAUGCAUGCUGGACCACUAGGUGUUGAUAUAGUAUAAUUAUCUAUAAUUUCAAACACUAUAGAAGAACAUUGGGUGCAUGCAUAAUGAGCAAACAGCAACCUCCAAAGGCUGCUGAAGCCAAUGUGAAAGUGCUAAAAACUUGAGUGUCGACUUGAGACCGGCUGCAGAAACACUUAAAAUCUCGACAGACAAAGUAAAAAAACUCCUAUUUUACAGCAAAAAAUAAACACGUCUUCAGCCUGGUUCAAAAAACAGUUUCCUGGAUAGCUUAAGGCUCCCACUGUACGCACUGUAUAGAGAGUGAAUAUUUUUGUAACUCAUCAGUUUUUAUGUUAUUUAGGAUAAAAGAUCAGAAACUCAGAGGUGUUGCUGACUUGACUGACAGACGGGUUCAGUGUAGCUAUUUGCAAAGAGGCUAAAGGCCGGUCUCUGGUAGGUUAAUUGAAAGUCACUCAAAGUUAGGUGAACACACAGAAACAGAGUGGUUAAAAAUCUCCACUUUGGGAGAAUUUCCAAUUUCAGCGAUCUCCAUUUGCAUGUGGACAAAAAGAUGAGACACCAAUCAGAAUCUGCAGGUCAGCAAGUGAAAAUUUGGAAUCAGCCAAAGAAGCUUCUAUCAGUGCAGCUCGAGUUCAUUUUUGUCAUUUGUUUCAGCAUUUAGUCUACAGCUACAGCUACAGUUAUUAUCAGACAAUGCCCAAAGUGAUACCGACUGACUCAACACCAGCAUCACAAGAAAUGUCAAACUGAUUAAUGACGAACAUUUAGAGACCUACUCAAGCAUUUCAGAGUUUUAAACCCUGAAGGAAUGAACCACAAAACAACUGUCUGAGUCGUUUUUUGUCACUUGUCUUUUUCAGGCUCAUAUCAGCGGUUUGAUCAAGUCCAAAUUCACGAGCUACAAGGACUUCCACACUCUGAUGUACACGUGUGCCGCUGAGUUUGACUUCAUCGAGUUAGAGGUGAGGAGACAAACAUCUGGCCCCCUUAAAUCAGAGCUGACAUUAAUUUGUCCCCUUUGACUCUCGGUGCUGAACGGUCUCUGAUGAAUAACGCCGGUCUCAGGUGGUUUAGUAUGAAUCUGUCACUUCCCCUCUCCUGUGAAGACGUCUGCUGGAGUUUUUGUAUCGAGUGUCGGAUAUUUUUCUCACAGCAGGUCUCGGUGCUGUCAGGAGCCGGAUCUGCGCUCCGUGUUUGACAGGAAACAGAAAUCUGAUAGCAGAUCGCAGCAGCUAGUUUUGAGCUUGUUUCACAUGCAGGGAAUGUGUAAACAGGCUGUUGGAGUGGAGGGGGAAGAUUAUUAGACAGCUCCAUCUCAUGUCUGCAUCUCUCUGUAUUCUCCUCAGACUCCUGUACGCUACCUCAAAACACUUCUGCUGCCCGUCAACAUGCUGGUGGUUGCUCUGAUUGCUUGGAGGGUGAGUUUUCUGAACUGUACCUCAGAAUGGACCAAGUCUCUGGUUUGUUUAACUCUGGUAAUGUGUUUAUCCUUGCUGAGCCGGCCAAUUUAAAGGGAUAUUCUGGUGUAACUUUAUGUUAUGGAUUUAAGUUAUGGUCAAACACAAUUUUAGACACCGCCUCGAGAGAUGAAUGUUCCCGACUGCUUACUUCUCUGGUUAUACUGUUGUGGAAAAUCCAGAAUAAACUUAGUGAAACAAUGCACAGGAGACAGGAUGAGAUCUGAAGAACAGCAUGGGCGUCUUUUAUUGUACAGACGUAGAAAUCGGUACAGAUGACAAACAGAGUCUUGACCAAACCCGAGGAAAGCCUCUUCAACUUUUUCUUCUACUCACUUUUAUGCUGUUAGGUGUGUGCGCGUGUGCAUGAGUAUUCCGUCAUCAUGGUUAUGUCAUAUCAGUUCUCCAGAAGGCGACCCAUAAUGUUAUGUCUGACCCUCAACACUUUGUUUAGACUAGACUUGACUCUCACAGAGAUUAAAUGUUCCGACAGACCGAUAGUUUUGGUCCCUGCAAGACAGCCUUGCUUACAAGGCUGCAUGAGCAGGCCAACCUAGAUUAUUUGUAACUCCUUACAAAAAGAUAGUAAUAGGAUAGCGAUACAGAGCGAUCUACGUCUCAACACUUAAACCUCAACCAAAACGCCACUCUAUAGCCACAAAUAAUGCUCAGAACAGCACCUCAGGGGUUUUAAAUACGGUAACUUUGCCAGCAUUUUUUUCAGAUGCUAAAAGAUUGUGAGAAGUUGAGUUAAUUUUUUUUCAUAUAUAAGCCAAAAUCCUAACCUUCAUUUUAUCACAGGAGGCUUUAUCAUCUAUGCAGUUUGCUUCACUGCCUGUCCAUAAACUGUAGAUCUGGUUCAGAAAAAGUCUCACCAACUUUGGGAAACAAUAUUUAGGACAAGGAAAAAAACGAGUCUGAAUAUAAGCACUAAGAAUAAACAGGAGAAAGUAUGUUGCUCUUGACUUACUGGGCUUGUUUUUCUGUUUUUUUCAGUCAUGAUCUUUGUCACACACUGUUCUUGUCCCUGUGCAGCACCUCACACAGUUAUAAAACAAACAAACAUGUAAAUAAAGGAGUUAAACUCAGGAAGAGCAGAACUGGGAUGUAUCUCACUCCAGGGUUGCACAGACUUAUAAAAAAUGCUUUACAGACUCUUCAGAGAAGACUGAAAAAGAAACACAGAGAUCACAAUAAUAAAUCUGAUUCAUGCUCGUUUUCUCCUUUCAUAUCUGUGGAAACUCAGGAGACUGACAUGAAGUCUGUAGUGACAGACAGUGCGCAGCUGUGGGUGUUAAAAAGUGUCAAAGCUGCAGUUUGGAGGCAGCAGGCAUCAAAGAGGAGGUUCAGAUCAGUUUGGAGCCCUGAGAUGCUGCCAAAUGUGAAUCUGUCUUCUCUGAUAUUUUCCUCCUUCAUCAAAUUCAGUUUUACUAUUUCAGUUCCAGAAAAAUCGCUCUCGCCUUGUUUGCUCAGCGGGAGAAGCACGGUUGGCAUUUACACGUGUAAACUUCAGCUCUACGAUAAAAAGGACGAGGAGAUUUAUCCCUGAAACAUGAAAUAUUUAAGGGCUGAAACCUCAGACAGAAAUAACCAUUAAAGAGCGUCUCUCUCUCUCUCUGCGGUCUAAUCUCAUUAUGACCUGCCCACACUGAGCUAAGAAUACACAAGUCGAUUUGACAAAGAAUGAUACUCGCUACCAGCUGAGGAAGCUGUUCGGAGGAAACUCCUUUACAUUUUAUUCUAAUGAUCUGUCCUUUUCAGACCCUCCAGGAUAUCGUCCGGUUCCUGAGGGAAGGUGGGAAAUCAUCCACCAGGGCUGAUGAUGUGGAUGAAGCUGCAGGGUGAGUAUUAUGAAGACUUUGGCUGAUUUCACUCGAUUUACAAUGAAUGAAUGAAUAUUUUAUUUCAAUAUCAGGACAUAAAAAUAACUCAGAGAAUGAUUGAGACACGCUUCAUUUAUCAGCAUGUACAUACAAAUAUAAAGAGAAAACAGUUUCAGAGUUAGUGACACAGACAGAGAGAGAAUGGAUAGGAAGGGAAAGGUGCUCAGUGUGCUCAGUACCCCUGGCACUCAUACCAUCAUUAAUAUUGUCUUCUUAUUAACAUUUAAAAAACAUAAAAACUAGAUCUACACCCAGUUUUAGAUGCUGUCAAAAAAAUCUAAUAUGUAUUUUUAAGGUCUCUCUUGAAAAUGAGUCCCCGCAUCUCAGUAAGAUAACCUGUAUGAAUAAAGGUUUAAUAAUAAUAAUAAUAAAAAAAAUGUCAAUUCAGCCUGCCAGUGUGGCUAACAUUAGCAGAGCUAGUACCAUCAGUCUCUGUUCCUCUGUGCAGGUUAACAUCAAUAUAACUGUGCUGUUUAUAUAACCACUGGCUAGGACUGGGCGAUAUGGCCUCAAAUGAAUAUCAUGAUACAUUGAGCAGUUCAUCUCAAUAACGAUAAAUAAACGAUAACUACACCUCAAGCUGCUCACUCCCUCCCACAUAAACUUCAUCUACUUCAGCCGCUACAACUUUUGAACCGUCCUCCAUCUCCUCACCUGUCUUUCCCUCUUGACUUGAUGGGGUGGAGUCACGUCUAUGAUGUAGGACAGCGUCUUAAAGGGACAUGAGACCAUAGCCGACCUACACACAUCCAAAAACAACUUUUAAUUAUUUCGUUUUUUGACACCCAAUAUAUUGACGUGGGCAAAAUAAGGUCAGUUAUUGUCGUAAAUUUCGGUAUCUGUAAAUUUUCUGUUUAUCGCCCAGCCCUACCAGGAGCCCAGACUGAAAAGGACACAGAUUGUUGAGAUUUCUUGCUACAGGACAAAACAAGCAACGAGAUGAGGGUAUCAAAAUCCAAACCAGCUGACAGCUCUUCAGAGGAGCUUUAAUAUUUAUCCCUUCUGAAACUGAGGGUGGACAAAUGCUCUAAUAACAGCUUUGAGUGUCCAAAUGCUGAGACACUUAAAAGUCGAGACAGCUUCUCAGAUUUAUUUAUGGUCACUAUUAAAAGCUUUUAGGCAUAUUACAUCCAGCUGCUCAGAUACUUGAGGUAACCAAAAUCUGAUUCCUUUUUUCUCUGCUCUUUUUGGUAAGUUUGCACUGAGCUUUAUUUGGUUCACAUAGUUUUUUUCUGUUUUUGUUGUUUUUCUUGCAGGUCUGAAAUAACUGGAAAAGGAGAGGUAAGAGGACCUUUCUGAUUUUCUUUAAUUCAUUUUGAAAUCAAUUCCUCGGCUCUUACAGUUUUCUUCCCUUUUCAUUUGAUAAGAUAUCUUCCAGUGGAGUCAUGUCUGCUCACGUCUCUCUGUGCUUUCACCCUCUCUUCUCAUUAGUAAGAAAUAAAAGACAGCUUCUCCCCGUCUGAAAUCCCUCUCUGCUGCUCUUUUCUCCCAGCCGUCUCUCAUCCUCCUCUGUUAUAUUUUACCCAAGGAGAGAAAGCCUUUAAACGACCGUCCACCGGCUGAAGUGUCCUGAGUCUCACUGAUAAUUGCCGUAAUGUUUCUGGACGGCUCAACGAGUGAAACUGCGGGGACCCAAGGGUGUUCUCGGUCCUCACGAGGAAAGCGGCGUUAAAAAAAGAUCAAAGCAUCCGGCAAAUGUCAUUAUCCAGUCGGAGCUUUCCUUCCCGCUUUAGAUCGGUUUCACUUAAAGAGGAGCCACCUCGAAAGAGAUAGAAGCCUCACUGAAAGUUCAGCCGCAACUUCUGGUUUCAUUAACACCUAGUGAGCUCUUUGAAAAUAAUGAAGUCGAACGGUUUGGGGCACAAAAUUAAUUACAACACAAUCCUUUCAGGCUGAUGCUAACCUACUUUGCAGAAUUAAUAUGCAUCCACUCUUGGUGCUUUCACUGCCUUAAAGGAGCGAAACUCUCAUGUUGUUGUCAGGCUGUCACAUUUAACCUCCGUGCGUCUAUUACAUUAAAGCUCACUGAUCUGCUGGUUAUCUCGCAUUUUUGGAAAAAGAUAGAGCAGCGAAAACUGACACGAAGAGGUCAUUUUGGAAAGGUCAUUUUGUGUUUUUAAAAGGCCCACAAAUUUCUGUCUAAUUUCUGGUUAGCUGGUGGGAUUAUUUCACACCUUGUUACAGUCCUCUACUAAUAUCAUGUCAUGUAUGAUGUAUAAAGUACACGAAAAGCACGAUGAAACCUGAACUGCUGCUGAAAAAGUCCAAACUUAAAGGUAGGGUUGGUAAUCACGGCAAACUAGUACGAAUUUGAAUGUAGCAUCUCCUCAGGACUUCGUCUAGUCCCUCCCCCUCCCCUUGGAGCUCCUCCAAAAAAACAACCCCACUCACAUGCACGAGCGCUGCUGUCUGCCGAUUCAAAACCACAGACUCAAAAGUUUGGGACUUCAGAUUGGGAAGUCUUUGCACGUUAGCAUCUGAGUUAAACUCGUUUGACUCAAGCCAUAAGAAGAGUCUCCAGCUUGUUUCAUUGACGCUCCUCCUUCAGUCAGACUUGAUCAGUCUGAGUGUGAACUUGUCAUCCUGUAGAUGGUGUACCACAGUCUGCAGCUGGUGGCCUUCGCUGUCCUGGCCAUCCUCAUCAUGAGACUCAAGCUUUUCCUCACGCCCCACAUGUGCAUCAUGGCCUCACUCAUCUGCUCCAGACAGGUCUGUCUCUCCUCUGCAGUAUCAGCUCUGCUCUCAGGAACACCAAUAUGAUUUACAGCUGAAAUACACUCAUCUGUUUCCUCUGUCUCUCAGUAAUCCUUCCUCUCUUCUCUCGCUUGUUUCGUCAGUUGUUCGGCUGGAUCGGGGAGAAGUUUAAACACCAGGCUGCAGUAUUUGUAGUCCUGGCCAUCAUGGCGGUCCAGGGAGUGGCCAACCUGCAGGCGCAGUGGGCCAUCAUCGGGGAGUUCAGCAACCUGCCGCAGGAGGAGCUGUUGGACUGGAUCCAGGAAAACACCCCUCCUGGUGAGUAAAGUGCAGACAGGCCGAAACCGUUUCAUACUAACUUUUGAAGUCAUGUGACCCUUCACCUAAGUUUUUGUUUUAUCCAGAUUCUGUCUUUGCUGGCGCCAUGCCCACCAUGGCCAGCGUGAAGCUGUCGACGGCUCGGCCAAUCGUCAACCACCCUCACUAUGAAGACUCUGGUCUGAGGUCAGUGGUUUCAAGUAUUUUUCCAGCAGCAGUUUUUGUAUUUUGUUCACAGGCAGUAAAAGCAGUUGUGUAACUCACUGAGAUUCUCUUGGCGGUAAUGAGUCUUUGGCUUCACAGUCCAAGUUGAGACAGAUUAACAACAAAGUUUGUGACAAUGAAAUUUUACAACCACUCAGAGUUUAUUCAGUGUGAUUCCUUUUAGCUCGGAUUUAGACGGUCGGUACAAAAUGAUUAAUUCAUCUUUCAUUUAAGCCAAAGAACUCGACUCGAUAUUCAGAUGGAUCGACACUGUUGUUGCAUUUAUGGUUUUCUUACAAAAGGGUUUUUACUGCUUCAGUCACAUAACAGCCUCGUUAUCAAAAACCAACAAACUAAAGGAACUGUUACCAAUUAAAGUUGGUGGAUGGUCUAUUUUUGGUAAACUCCAAACUUUUUAUUUGUCGCCCAAACUUAAUCAACUCUGUGAUGCUCAUCUUGAGAUCUGAAAACGUAUUCUAAACCACGUGGUUCACUAGAACAGCUUUGUGGGCUGUUUUUAAACCUUUAUCUCAGGGGUUUUCACAUAUUUUUAUUUUAUUAUUCGACAAAGAAGUCCUCGUCAUGAUUGUCUCGGUGUCUUGUCCACAUCAUUGGUUGCCUCGGUGUCUUGUCCACAUCAUUGGUUGCCUCGGUGUCUUGUCCACAUCAUUGGUUGUCUCGGUGUCUUGUCCACAUCAUUGGUUGCCUCGGUGUCUUGCAGGGAAAGAACAAAGUUGGUGUACUCCAUGUACAGCCGCAUGUCUGGAGAAACAGUAAAGAGGAAUCUGAUGAAGCUGGGGGUGGACUUCUUCAUCCUGGAGGAUUCUUGGUGCACCAGGAGAACCAGGUACCCACUGUGACAGUUACUCACUCCUUUACAUUUUUGUUGUGGUUGUUUUGCUGGUUAUUUUGUGUAAGAAUCUGUGUUUUUAUGAUUUUAGUUAAUUCCUUUCCUUGUCCUCACCCAGGCCCGGUUGCAGCAUGCCAGAGAUCUGGGAUAUUGAGGAUCCCCAAAAUGCCGGUAAAGUCCCCCUCUGCACACACAUGUCCAGGAACUCGAGACCCCAUUUCACCACGGUCUUCUCAAAUGACAUUUACAAAGUCCUCAAAGUCCCGAAAGCGUCCAAAGAUCUCAGAUAACAUCACAGGACGGACCUUUUCAUCACCAAACUCUUUGAUGAACUCUCAUCUUUCUCUACUUCUUUGGGUUUUUUUUGUUUUUGACUUUGACUACCAUUGCUGCUUUCUACUCUGAGAUGAGCCCAUUGUUCAACUAUUUUUGGAUUUCUUACAUCCUGAGCAUUAGACUGAUAAUUGAUCCGGUAAAACAGUUUUCCACGGGACUCUCCACUUUCGGUUCUCUCAAGGAUAUCGCUCUCCUCCGCCGUUUGCCGUUCGUCUUUGUUGCUGUCCUCGUCAUCCAGUGAGGUUUGUAUUACGCUCAAGUUGACGUCCACGUGAAACCAAAUGUUGUCAAAGGUCGUCUCUCACUUUGUCGCUUUAUUUCUGUUACACUCAGUCCUCACUUUCACUGUUGUUUUUUACUGUACAUAAUUUUCUUUGACUUUUGCUAAAGAAGUCCGUUUUGUCCAAUCGAUGAUGUCCACAUACUGUGAAGCUAUGCCCUUUGACAGAAACAGCUGACUUCUUCUUUUGUUAUGCACAGUGUUAAUCUCUAAAAAAAAGAGUUUUUAGUAAUACACUAUUUUUAUAAUUUAUUUGUGUGAGUAUUUUUAUGCAAACUUCAAGGUGUUAGGAUGUUUUCUCCCUAGAAGCGAACAGUGUUUUUAAAGGUUUGGUAUUACAGGUAAAGUUCUGCUCUUGUGUUUAAAAGCUUUUUAAAAAUCUUUUUAAUACAUAUCAUUCAGCCUUGACGUUAAAAUAGAUCUACUAAAAAGCUUCUCACAAAUCAGAGGAGUUUCAGUGUUUAAGAUUUAGCAGAUCUACAGAAAGAGGAAUAAAGAACUCAUAGGUCAGAUGGGUAAUUACAUAAAUUCUUGUCAUUUGUGGCCAUAAAAGAGCUUCAUCUGUCUGUAAAGGCAGCAGGUCCUUUACCAACAACAUUCACAUGGAGGCCAUUUUCUUCAGACAUCAUCCUAAAGGCUUGAAGCCCCAUCAGUGUUUCAGUGACAAACUGCUGCAAACUGUCAGAUUGAUCAACAAAUAACAAGUCGGCAUUAAUCGGAAAUCCACCGGGAAAAAAUGCAACAUCUGAAAUUUGAACAACAUUUGGCUGCUGACUUACCCCCAAUUUCCACUGCAUCUGGAACGGCUAUGAAAAGGCGGUAUCUGUAGCUGAGCGUAACCGUUCAAGUUAAUGUGUCAAUUUCCACUGGUUUCUUUCCGUUCUGCUGCGGAUCGCUGGACUCUGCAGCUGAUCGCAAGAUCAAGUUCUAUUUUUUCCGGAUGCUGGAGCAUGUCGGAUAAAUUCAGCACAGAUUAACCCAUGCUGGAAAGGAAAUCAGGCACAGACACAAAAUAAAACAUCCGGCUUCUUUUCAAAAUAAAACACUCUGUGUUUCAGGCGGAUCGUAUUUCACACCAUACAAAUGGACGGAGAUGAACAAGUCAAAGGUUUAUAGACAGCAUUUCAUCCCGAUGACACCAUGGAGGAGAGGAUGCUGAUUUUAGAAGUCUAGAAGUAGAUUUCCUCCUCUGAAAGGACACAAUCUACUUCUUAUGUGGUUAGCCUUGUGGCUUAAGACAACUUGUUAUCACGCGAUUGCAGGUGAACCCGCGGGUUCUUGUGAGUUCUCACGAUUCCUGCUGUCCGUAAUCUCUAAAAGAUCUGGUAGGAACUGGCAUACGGCGAGGAUCGCUGCCGUUCUGGAUGCGGUGGAAAUCCUGGGUUACGGUGGUCAAAAGGCUACCAUAGAUGUUUUAACAUUAAGGACUCAUAUGGAUAAAAACAUGUUAUUCUUUGCCUAAAAACACUAAUAUCAUCAUCUAGCCCAGCAACCCCGAGAAUGUGAAAAGAGAAAAAAGACCUACAAGGUGGUUCGAAGUGGCUCCUGUGAUGAUGUAAUAACGGGAAUGACGUGUGCAAGACCACUUCCACUCCCACCGCUUGAGCGAUUUCAUCCCGUUCUACGCUGCUGUGAUUUUGAAACAUCACAAAGACGCUAACUGAAGGACAUGUUGUAAACAGAUAAUAAUCCCAUUUUGUUUGCUAAAACUAACAACAGUGUGUGUUGUCUAUCCCAGAUUUGGUGCUAAUAUGCCAGUUUGUGUCAAUCAGUCCACCUCAGGCUUCCUAAAGGAUGACUGUCGAGCACAUAAAGUCACAUACCAGAGACAGGAAAGCGAGAAUAACACGUAUAUUCAAACUCACCACCCACGGACAUGCAUCUGUAACACUAAAUCACAUGAGCGGUGUACUGGCCGGAGUUCUUCUGGAGCUCUCGCUGUCGUUGUGUUGGUGUUUUUCCACCUCUGCAUCCAGUCAUCAUAGUUCCCCGUUAUCAUAGCAUCCCCUCCCACUCAGAUCACUGCACGGAUGAUGAUGAGGUUGGAAACUGAGAGGCUGCAGAUCCUCCACAAACCCUGAUUUCAUAAUCUUGUGAGGCAGAUAUGUUUCAAACAGUUAAAAGUAACUCUAUAUGGGACCAAUAAAAUACAAACCCAUUUUCUUUGUAUUUGCUGUGGAAAAAAGGGGCAUUUUCACGGAUUAAAAUUAAACACAGCAUAUCAGAGUCCCACACUGAGCGUGAAAUGGGAGUAAAAUGGCCACUUUGUUGAAUAUUGGGGGUAUUUGGUCAAAAAUGAGCCGAAAAAGGAUUAACCAAACUCUUGCUUUGGUGCAGACCUCGAUGACCUAUUUUCAGUGGAUCGGUUUAAAUGAGAACAUCAUUUUGUUGAAAUCUACAACCUUAUUGUCAGGAACCACUUAAUUACACAGACUGCUCCUUUAAUUUUAGCUAUAAACUGGUCAGAAUGGGAGUUUUAAUAGCAGAACAGCUGGUGGCUGAUCCUCAGCUGUGCCGUGUGAUCACAUUUUCUCAAACAGUAGUUUUGUAAAUGAUUAAUGUCCCGCCUUUAAAGUGUUCUUUAGAUAUUGUUUAUUGCCAAAGUUAGUCUUGUAAAUAAAGCUUCGUAUUUGGGGUACUGUAGCACAUGAAAGAUGUACAGUGUGUGUAGUGAUUGAGAGCUGUCAGUAUUAGGGGGGUGAAACUGAAACUGCCAGUCCAGACUCUUUGUAGCAGUGGAUUUCAUUUAUAAGGUAGCAGUUGUCGAUCGCUCCAUCGGGCCGCAUUACAGGAAAUGAUGCUUUUCUGCUUUUUUGUGGUUAGAAGAUAGAAAACCACUUUCAUGUCUGUGCAGUGAAGGAAAACUAAAGAAAGACCGGUGUCUUUUUAUGAACAGGAUUUGGGACAAUCUUUUAUCAUACAGAGAAAAGUUGAGCUCAUUAGAUCUGUAGCUUCCACUGUUAACAAGUGUCCUUCAUACCCACUGUAGAAUAAAUGAGCAGUGGCUUUAAGCCUUUUCUUAAUAAUUCAACCCAGUUCUUAGUCUCAUAUCUAGUCGCAAAUUUCCCAAAACCAGAGCAUCAGUUUCACACCGAGUAGAGCUUUUUUUAUUAUUUCAUCUCUGCCAUUAAACAAAAUGAGUCCAUAUACAGCAGGAUAGGGUUACAGUGAUUGGAUCAGCUGUCUCCAAGUUAACCGUGUGGGAUUUUGAGAAUGAACCUUUUUCACUUUUUGAGCGUGGCCAGUUGAGAAGAUUUCUAAUCUUUAAAUUUAAAGCCAAAUCCUUCAGCUGGGUAGCUUAGCUGAGUCGGUCUCUGCUAAAACCGAGGCAAAUAAAACCUCUACAAGUGUAACAAAACCAGCCAACCAGGUCAAACACACUGUAACACUAAGUUAGACACCCCGUCGAGAGAUGAAUGUUGCCGACCGCUUUCUUUUCAUAAACAAAACGCCACUCUAUAGCCACAAAUAAUGCUCAGAACAGCACCUAACUUCAUCAGCAGGACAUAUAGGGUCCCAGCCAAAGUACUAGCCACCAAACAUAUUUUUAACUUUGCCUAAUUUCUUUAACAAAGAGACUAAACACAACUCACCUACUCUCUUCCAGCAGCCACUUGUUUGUAGCGAGACCUCGGGCCAGUCCAUUACAGACUGCUGAGGGGUUUCGCAGCUCAAGGAAGAACAUUUCUGAUCAUUUCUUUAUCAUUUCCUUUAAGUAAAAAUUAUCAUACUGCAGAUGUGGUAGUUCUUCUGCCUUAGCGUCUCGGUCUGAUUGCAUUUCCAUGAAGAAGGUUGAGGUUUGUUUAUGGCUCCUCAGACCGCUGUGUAUUGCUAUCCUGCGGUCGUUACUAAAGUUGGUAUAACUAGAGAAGCAAGCGGUCGGCAACAUUCAUCUCUCGAGGGGGUGUCUAAGACCCACACUUCGCCUGAUCUCCCAAACACGCCUCACGUCAAAGUAACCUGACAUGAAGUUAAGAAGUGCGAACCUACUUAUUUAGGUGGAUAAGCAUGAAUGAGGUUAAGUGAGUGGUAUUAAUUACUUGAUUACUAAUCUUCUCAUCCAGCUUUUGUUGAAGUGAAUACAUGUCUUUCUAAAAUCCCACUUAAUCAGGAUAAGUGGCAUUAGUUCACAUGUUGGAGGAGUGUGAGCAGGAGAAAGAGGGUCUAACAGACCGGCUGGCCCUGAUGUAAGUGGGCUUUCUACUCCCCCAGCAUUUUGACAUUUCCUCCACAGAUACAGGUAAAUACAGAUCAGAUACUUUCAGCUUUAAAGUCGUUCUCUGUGAAUCAAAAUGUCUGUAAUAGCUUUAAAUCAUUGUGGUAUGACAAUGAUUUAUGAGGGUGAUUUUAUAACAGAAGAAAAAAUUAGACUAGUGAGAUUAAAACAGAAAAAGACACAUUCACAGACGUUAAAAAAAGUUCAUGCUGUGAUACAGUUGAUGUGACACAGCUGUUUGCUUUGAGGUUUCAUGCUCUAGAAAUAACCUUGUAAGUCAAGUGCCCAUUUAUAAGGAGUUAGACCUUCUGAAACACUUUCACUCAAACACUGUAUUUGAUCCCCGUUGCAGGCUUUGGUGUGUUUCAGAUGUCUUUUUUUUAUAAUAUUUGUCUAUUUUGUCUGUAUUUUGAAAAAUAAAGUUUUAGCCAUCGGCGCGUUUGCUGUCCUGUCCUGUCAUGGAUGUCUGGUGUGAAAUUGAAAUCAGGGAGUUAUUUUCCAUCCCAUCUUUAGUCGUCUUUAGUUACACUAACUUUAAAUAACAAAUCAAAGCUGCUUUGAUCCUGCCGCCGUCUCUGAUUUUUCAGAGCGCAGUAAAUGCCGCACCACAAAUAAAUCAGUGUGUGAGUUUUAUUCCCCAAAGAUACUCAGGAGACAAAGUUUACACAUAUAUACACAUGCUAGAUUCAAAGCAUGAGAGGUUUAGCCUUCCCUGGGCAAUGACCAACAUCCCCUGUGUCUUGAGUUGGUCCUGUGGGUAGCUUGCACAUCUAAAAGGCCAAUAAUCUGAAUAAUAGAUACUUAUUUUUGAGCAACAUACUUAAUCUUGCCCUUCAGAAAAAGUUAUUUUUAGGGAAGAUCUUACAAAUUUCAUGAACACAAUGCCAAAUCUCAUUCUGUAGAUAUUACACCAGCAUAACUCAGGGGUAGAAGAGUCCCAGUGCUGAACUGGUCCACCUGCAGCUGUGACUUGUCAUCCACUAAAUACAUUUGACAGAAAAUACCCUGAACUGUUAUCAGACAGAAAAUAGAAUUUCACC